AUGCACGACAUGCGCAAAAAGGCUCUUAAACAGAGCACUAAGACCAUAUCGCGCAAAGCACGAGCGCGGCUCGAUCCUUUAAACGGGCCAGGCUCUCUCUCUCCUUCUUCGUCACGAGCACAAUCUCGAUCUGGAUCCCGUAUCAACUCACGCCAAAGUUCCCGUAUCAAUUCCCGACAAGGCAGCCGCUAUGCCUCAGAAGACGAAGAUAGCCUAUCCGAUCCGAACUAUGCUCGGAUGAAGCAACUUUCUUUGGAAGAUGACGAUCUAGACGACGGGACAGAUUCCGAAAUUGAGCUAGACGACAACUCGGAUACCACGGGAGAAGGCGAGCGUGGAACAGCCGCCAGCCAAAACACGCCGGAAGACACUCUUCACGCAUGUAUCACCCUCCUACAAGACCGCAAGCGGACCAGCUACGAGGCACGUAUCAAUGCACUAGAGACAUACCUGCAGCUAGUCCAAGACCACUAUUUGGGCAGCUGCGUUGCAGACGCACUUCCGACAGUCUUGGAGCAGUUGCUGAAGAGUAUUCGUCGCAGUAAUACCGACCCAGAGGAGCAGAUGCUGGCACUACAGGCCUUGAUAGUCACGACUCUUACAUGUCCUAAAGAAGACUCCGCCAGAAUCCUAGAGUCAACUUUCAGUCCGGUGAGGGCCGUCUGCAAAGCUGCUGAUGUACACGAGAAAAGCAAGGUCAUUGCGGUCGAAGCUCUCACAAUGGUUGUGGUGUUUGGCGGCGGGACAAAGGCAUCUGCCAACGAGCUGCUCAAAUUUUUACUUGAUAUCGUCUCCUCAGAUGGACAGACAGCGGAGGCCAUGGAUAGUGCCGGUGUGGUGACAGCUGCGUUGCGGAUGUGGGCAUUCGUGGCAUCGUACAUGAUGCCGGACAACCACGACAGCGAUAAUGAAGACGAGGAUAGCAGCGGGGACGAAGGGCCUACUAACGACAUAUAUGAUAACAGCCUGGUGGCCGAGGGUCAGACCGCACUAGAGGCGUUUAUCGACCAGCUUCAAAGCACGGCGACGGAAGUCCAAAUAGCUGCGAGCGAGGCAAUCGGGCUGCUUUUCGAGAUGUCGCGCAGAUACGAAGCUGUCACAGAGGACCAGUUUGGACUACGGGAGGAUCCGAUAAAACUCGCAGAACAGUUGAGAUACAUAUCUCGCGGCAUUCUCCCUGAUGGCCGCAGCAAUACUAAAUCAGCGUCGCGGCUAGACCGACGCAACCUCCGAGAGACUUUCAUCAGCGUGGCCACCUCGCUGGAACUGGGCACGGGCCCAAAAUACUCUACAGCAGCUCGGUCUGGGCAAAGUGCCUACAAGAGCGGGACCGGCAAAUUUGUGGACGACGAAGGCGAGGGCACGACAGAUAGUGGUACAGGAAAAUCGGGUAGCUCAGAUGUGGUUGAUGCACUUGGGUACCGCAUGCGGCUGCAGGUACAUAACCAGUCUAUCCUGAUCGACUCAUGGGCUCUCAGUGUGCGUGUCGACACGCUCCGCAUCAUGCUUGGGAGGGGACUGCACAAGCAUCUGAUGAAGAAUCCGCUGGUGAGCGACCUGCUUCAUGCAACCAGUCUUAAGCCGCUCCAGUGGGACGUCGAUCGGGAGCAGAGGAAGAAGUUUAAACAGGACAAGAGAGCACGGAGGAGAAGAGGGUGA